GGGGAAGGGGGGCAUGAUACGCCACCACUUUCAACAGGUUGUGACACUCUGCUUCUAUAAAGCCUCGUCGUGUCAUGACUCUUCACACACCACUCCUUCUUCACAACACCGAGAACACGUAACUAGAAAAUAUCGCGAUGCAGUGCUUCGGGUGCUUUUCCUUUCUCGCUAGGCGGAACACCAAGCCCGCGCCAAGCUGGAUUCCCUCCUCCGCCAGCAACCAACCGUCACAUGAGAUCGAGCGGCAGGCGACCAAGAUCGUCGACGUCCUCUGCACCGCCGAGAAGCCAGGACAGGAGCUGCGGCUCCGGCUCGAUGAGGUUGUUCGUACCAAUAGCUGGACCGAGGCCCUUGCGAAGGCCGUUCUGCGGGGCAUCGAGGAAACCAUCAAGGCGUAUCAGGCCAUGUCAAUGAACACCGUCUUGCGAGAGGCCAUCGAGACGGCGCAGUGCGCCGCGGAAGAGCUCUUCGACUUUGCGCGGGAACACCCGGUCUUCGUCACCAUCGUCGCCAUUGGGGUUCUGGCUUUGCUGGCGCCCUGGGCGGUCGAGGCUCUUGGGUUCGGCGAGCUUGGGCCGGUCGAGGCAAGCUUUGCCGCCCUCUGGCAGUCCACAUACCGCGGCUUGGUUCCGAAAGGCUCGCUCUUUUCCUUCUUCCAGCGGCUCGGGAUGAUAUGGGGUCGUGCAUAAGGUCUUGUCGGUUACGAAGAGGAGGAUAGUAUGCCGGUCAUCGGAUGGGUGAGGGUCGAAUUGCUUCGGCCAGAGAUAUGAGGAGUGUCGUUUUGCCCCUGGGGUCACUGUGAAUGGCGGCCUAGCUACUAC